AUUCCCGGCUCCAGAGCCCCUUGUCGCGGCGGCGCAGCCUUUCCCACCGCGAAUCCCCGGUGCUCAUGGGGCAGGCGGAGACAAGCUUGCAGCACUGAGCCGAACCGGACCAGUCCGUGAUGUCCAGCACCAAAUUGGAGGAUUCCCUCCCUCGUCGCAACUGGUCAUCUGCUUCGGAGCUGAAUGAAACUCAAGAGCCGUUUUUAAACCCCACAGACUAUGACGACGAGGAAUUCCUGCGGUACCUGUGGAGGGAAUACCUACACCCGAAAGAAUAUGAGUGGGUCCUGAUCGCAGGGUAUAUCAUCGUGUUCGUCGUGGCUCUCAUCGGGAACGUCCUGGUCUGCGUGGCAGUGUGGAAGAACCACCACAUGAGGACAGUCACCAACUACUUCAUAGUCAACCUCUCCCUGGCUGAUGUGCUUGUGACCAUCACCUGCCUUCCAGCCACCCUUGUUGUUGACAUCACCGAGACUUGGUUCUUUGGACAGUCCCUCUGUAAGGUCAUCCCUUAUUUACAGACUGUGUCAGUGUCUGUGUCUGUUCUUACAUUGAGCUGCAUUGCCUUGGACCGAUGGUACGCCAUUUGUCACCCUUUGAUGUUCAAGAGCACAGCCAAACGGGCUCGAAACAGCAUCGUUGUCAUCUGGAUCGUCUCCUGCAUCAUAAUGAUUCCUCAAGCCAUUGUCAUGGAGCGCAGCAGCAUGCUCCCUGGCCUAGCCAAUAAGACCACCCUCUUUACAGUCUGCGAUGAACGCUGGGGAGGUGAAGUUUACCCAAAGAUGUACCACAUCUGCUUCUUUCUGGUGACGUACAUGGCACCCCUGUGUCUUAUGGUAUUGGCUUAUCUCCAAAUAUUCCGUAAACUCUGGUGCAGACAGAUUCCCGGAACUUCUUCUGUGGUUCAGAGAAAAUGGAAGCAGCCGCAGCCGGUUUCUCAGCCCCGGGGGUCCGGACAGCAGAGCAAGGCCCGGAUUAGCGCUGUCGCUGCUGAGAUAAAGCAGAUCCGAGCACGAAGGAAAACAGCCCGGAUGCUCAUGGUUGUACUUCUGGUCUUUGCAAUUUGCUAUCUACCAAUCAGCAUCCUCAAUGUGCUAAAGAGAGUGUUCGGGAUGUUCACACACACCGAAGACAGAGAGACUGUCUACGCCUGGUUCACUUUUUCUCAUUGGCUUGUGUAUGCCAAUAGUGCUGCAAACCCAAUUAUUUAUAAUUUUCUCAGUGGAAAAUUUCGAGAGGAAUUUAAAGCUGCCUUUUCUUGCUGUCUUGGGGUUCAUCGUCGUCAAGGAGAUCGCCUCGCCAGGGGACGCACAAGUACAGAGAGCAGGAAGUCCCUGACUACUCAGAUCAGCAACUUUGAUAAUGUAUCAAAACUCUCAGAGCACGUGGCGCUCACCAGCAUAAGCACACUCCCAGCAGCCAACGGGGCAGGACCGCUUCAAAACUGGUAGAAUAUUUAUUGCUAUGAUGAGGAUACCCGACUCAAACUAUUCUUUUAUACGAACUCUGUGAACGGAAGUUUUAGUAUCCAAUCGAUCUAAACCUAAAAUUACUUGUCAAUCCUUUUUUUUUUUUUUAAUAGACCACUCUUCGGAAAUAAAAAGCAAAUUUGAAAUAUUUCCUGAACCAUUUACUGGAAGGAAUAUGUUAUAAGUUUAAAUUCACCUGAAUUUAUUUCAAGCUACUUUUUCUUAACUAUGUGAACUAAAGUUUGUGGCAAUUAAGAGUUUGAACAUUUCUAUUUUUUCCUAUAACCCCCUGUUAUGUUAAUUUAACAAUUCAAAUUGAUUACUUAAAAAAAACACCCAAAAUUAAUCGUUUUCUUUUGGCAUAUAAAGGAAGUAACAAUUACUAACUCUUAGUUAACAACAAGCAUAACUAAUUGACUUAGUUUUAAAAAAAAUCACAAAAACUAUCAUUAUAAUGUGCUACCUGGGAGAAUACUGAUUAAUAGAAAAGCAUAUAAUUUGUAUAUAUUCAAAGUAUACCUUUCCAAAUCACAUAAAAUAAUUACGAUUCAGCUUAAUUUGCCACUGAUUUUAUUUUCCAUUUACUAAAUGUUCUCAGGUUUAUGACCUUAUAAUAUCUAAUAGUGUGUGUGUGUGUGUGUGUGUGUGUGUGUGUGUGUGUGUGUGUGUGUGUGUAAUACGGAAUCAAAAUGACUGUAUUAAAGUAAAAAAUUUGCAGCAACUACUAAUACACAAUCAUUUUCAUCUCUAGGGAAGGAUUUAAGAUUUAAAUUAAGAGAUAAAAAUCAGAUUAUUCUUCUAAUUAGAGACAAUGAGUUAGUCAGCCUUGCUGGAUUAAGAAUGUGACAGUGUGCCAGGAAGUGACGCAAAGAGGCUUCAGGCGGGGUUCAAGAAGGGCUUUAGUCUAGGUCUGGAACAGGGCUUAAAGGGCUGAGCAUUUCCCUAGCAGCUUACACUGGGCUGGGAUUCAGUUCUCAUCAAUGAAAACAAACAAGAUCAAACAAAUGAACCAAGGCUUAUUGUAGUCUAGUGAGAGAGGAAGGCUGAAAAUUCCCAGGCAUGGCAAAGAAGUCACACAACCAAAGACAGUGGUCCCCACCACAAAACUGGCAGGACUGUUACGACGCACCCCACUCCCAUUUAAUUAGACUACACUCUCUGUGUUACUAAUUUUAGCAUGCCUGAGGCUGAGAGACAGGAAACUAGGAAAGUGGAAGGCUCACUACUAACUCAUACACAAAUGGAAACUCUAGAGUGUAUUUUGUAUAAGCUUAAAUCAUAGGAUUGAAAUUAUUAUUUCAAAUUCAUUCUCUGUAAAAAAUUCUUCUUAUGUAAGUAUCUACUUCUACAUUAAGAAUUUGAAAGUGUGCAAAUCCAGUUGUCCAUAGUAGAGUAGUAAUAGUAUGUAGGCACACUGAUUAUAAAGAAACAGAAUAUUUUUAAUAUUUGAGAGAGAUUUUAUUUAAAAAUACUUAUAUUGUUAUUUUGCCUUUUCCCUAACUCUUUAUUCUCAGAGAAAAAUAACACAACCAAACUAUCCAUACCUUCUUUUCAAGAGUUUAGGAUUUUGUUACCAUGUGCCUUUUGGUAUUCUAAGCCAGGACUACUCUCUUAUAUGAGGUUUAUCAAAAUUAUAUGGCCGAAUAUCAUGAUGUUCCAUAUCUAUGAACACAAUCACUUUCAACGUCUCCUUUCUCCCUUUUGAGAACUUUGUCUACCAUGUCCUUCAUGCCAGAAGAGCUGUAAUUUUCUGAUCGUGAUGAUAGCACUUUAAGAUUUGGAGUUAUCUUCAAAUCUUCUUGGUAAUAAGCCUUAAUAGCCUUGCAGCUCAGUAAGCAUGAUAUAAUGAUUUUUCCCCAAUAGAAUAGAGUUCAUUAACUCUAAGCUGUGAGAUAGUAUUAGAUCCCAAGAUCAUAGUUCAUGUUGUAUAAACAAGAGGAGAGGCCUUAAGAGGGAAAGGGUGGACAGAGAGAGAGAGAGAGAUGUGAAAGGAGAGGAGAGGGUUGGGGAAAAGGAGAGGAGAGAAGAGAAAGCAAGAGCGACAGAGAGUGAGAGAGCGAGAGCAAGAGCGAGAGAACGAGAGAGAGAGAGAGAAGAGGUGGUAUUGAUAUGGUCUAUUAGAAGUCAGAAUUUCCGUGUUCUAAAUUAGUGAUUCUCAGUGCAGUGUGGUCUCUGCAACCAGCAACAUCUGCGAUUUGCAAAUAUUAAUAUUAAACAUGUACCCCAAACUUACUGAACCUGAAUCCUUUGGGUACCCAGGAAUGUAGGCACUUACAAAUCCUAUGGGUGAUUACAAAGCACUUUAGCAUUGAGAACCACUACUCUAAAUGGUGUCUCCUGGCCUCAAGUUAUUAGCCCAUGUGAAAUAAAGUUUUUUACUGCACAGGUAUCUACAACAGGGAGUGCCAUCUUCACUCCUGUCCACCUGGCUGGAGGUCUGAGGGAAGAGACCCGAGCAUCCUUAUGGAAUCUCACCCAUGUCUUCUCAAAGAGAUAAUGGUUUACAAAAAAAUUGCCACUGUGUUCUUAGUGUGAUGUUAAAGAAGAUGGACUUUAAGGCACUUAUGCGCUUUAUGCGUAACCCGGAUGACUUGAGGUUUUAUUUACUGAAGUUUCUGUUUCGUGGAAGCCAUUCAUGUUCAAGAAUAAUUAUUGCCUGGAAGAAAACUGAUAAGUAAAACACAUACAUAAAUGAUGAACUGGGGAUAGAACCAUGAACCCUGUGUGUACUUCUCAGCAUUAGGGCCCAUGAAUCUGGAGAGAUUUGGAUUAAUGUGGUGACCUUCAUAGUACAAAUGAUUAGAAAAUAAAACAGGAGGCCCCAAAUCAUAUCAAUGUUGUUGGGGUGCUUAACUACUUCAUUAUGUACUAAUGACACAAAUUAGAAGACGUCAUAGGAAGGUUUUGCUUUGGAACUGAGCUAUACUGAACAUUGGACAUUGACCGACCUUUAUUUCCUUUGUAUUUCAAGCCUUCAAUGUGAGAUGUCAACGUCAUUAGUUUUGUCACUAAUAAGAUGGUGUAAUAAUUUUACCAAAUAUAUUUGAGAUGAAUGAUUUAUGGAUUUUUAUAAUGUCAUGAAAACCGUAAUAUUUUGAGUUCAUUCCUUUGGGGUUAAAUAUUAACCCAAGUUUAUGAGAGGGGGAAAAAACAUGAUUUCUAAAUUUUCCACAAUGUGGAAUAAUAAAGCUGUUAUAAACUAUUGAUAAGUUCAGUGUAAAAAUGUUAGGCACAGUACUACCCCGGUUCACCCCAGUGUACAUUAAUUCAGGAAGAAUAAUUAACUAUGUUUAUAAGUGACAAUCUAAAUGUGUCUAGAGUUGUUACUAAUCAUAAUUGAAAUGAGGGCUAUUAGCACUUUGAUACAUUGUAACAAUAUCAGGCUUGCAUUAGCUGUGAAUUGUAACAGGAAUUAACUGCAUUUCAAGAAACAUGGCUAGUCCUUACAAUUGGAAACCUUUCAGUGGGACUUAACUUUCAACAGCUCUCACUCUUCUACAUCCUGUCAUAGGCAAAAGCGUAAAUUCCAUUAGAUUAUUUUCAAAUAGUUUCCACAUUGCUUGAGGCAAACUAAUGGGAAUUUUAGGAUCAUUAUAUAAGUAGGAGAGUAUUCAUUUAACAUCCUCUCCAUCAUUUUAUGCACAGAAGAAAACAACAUAAACCUGAAAAUCACUGUUAGUUCUCGAAGUUCAAAGGGAAUGCUUUUCUACGCUCUUCUGCUAUUGAAAAGGGGGACAGAAGACUCCCCCAACUUGCCACGUAUUUCUAUUCUUUUAAAUUUUCUUUAUAGACUUUGGAGUUAGAAAAAUCUGGGUUUUUCAUGAAAUAUGUUUUUAUUAUUGUAUCCAUGUAUGUAUGUAUCAGCAUGCCAGUUGUUCAAUAGUUAUUUACUUAAAAUAAUUAUAUCUUUAUGCUUGAUUGUACUGUGUCUUCAUGAAGAUCUUUUUCAUAUAAAAAUGUGAUUAUAUGUCUCCCAAUGUGAAGGUUAAAUUAUGUAAUUUUUAGGUAAAAUAAUCGCAUCCAUGUUGUCUUGUUGUACCAUGUGAAAAAUUAUGUUGUCGUUCAAUACAUAAAUUGGAUAUUUGCUCAU